AUGUCGGCCCUUGAUCUUAUGGAGGAGCUCGAGGCAAUGGCGCAGCUUGCCACGGACCACGAUGCAGGGACGGAAGAAGUCGACGAUAUUGCAAUCCAGAGAUGGCAGUGGCUUUUCGGCUACUCCUACUCCGAGGCCGCGAAAAAGGCUGCAAUAUCACAGGGCGAACAUCGGCCGAACCAUUCAAGCCCAAGGAUACGACAAGGAGGCCUACGAACGUGCAUGCCAGAUUCGGGUCUCGCAACAGACACGAACCGAACAUCUUGCUCCGGCAGCCAAGGACACACGUUCGAGUAUCUCCUCAAGAUGGAGAGCCCACUGCACAGCAUCGACACAAUCAAGGCAGCUGCGCGGCUCUCGGAAGAGGACGGACGUUAG